GUGUGUGUGCGUGUUGAGGAAGGAAAGACAUUGUGGUUUCGUUUAACAUCUGAGCGCUGACUGCGUGAAAGGCUGGAGGAAAGACGACUUGUCCGAGGUCUGACGGGUCCCAGCCUGCAACCCUCGCCGCCUGCAGCCCCUGCAGCAGUUUGUUGACUGACAGAGUGAUGCUAGCAGUUAGGAAGGCGAGGAGCAAACUCAGGAUGGGGACCAUCUGCUCCCCCAACCCCAGCGGGACAAAGACAUCAUCGGAGGUCUGCAAUGCCGACUGGAUGGCCUCGCUGCCCCCUCACCUCCACAACGUCCCCCUUUCCAAUCUGGCAAUCCCAGGUUCCCAUGACUCAUUCAGCUACUGGGUAGAUGAAAAGUCCCCGGUGGGGCCUGAUCAAACCCCAGCUAUCAAACGCCUCGCCAGGAUCUCCUUGGUGAAGAAGCUGAUGAAGAAAUGGUCUGUGACUCAGAACCUGACUUUCCGAGAACAGCUGGAAGCUGGGAUCCGCUACUUCGACCUGCGUGUGUCUUCCAAGCCGGGGGAUGCCGACCAGGAGAUCUACUUCAUUCAUGGGCUCUUUGGCAUCAAGGUCUGGGAUGGGCUGAUGGAGAUUGACUCCUUUCUUGCACAGCACCCGAGGGAGAUUGUCUUCCUGGAUUUCAACCACUUCUAUGCCAUGGAGGAGGCCCAUCACCAACGCCUGAUUCUCCGCAUCCGGGAGGCCUUUGGAAGCAAGCUGUGCUCAGCCUGCAGUGUGGAGAGUCUGAGGCUACAGACCCUGUGGGAGAAGAAGUGCCAGGUUCUUAUUUUCUAUCACUGUCCCUUCUACAAGCAAUACCCCUUCCUGUGGCCAGGAAAGAAGAUUCCAGCACCCUGGGCAAACACCACAAGUGUGCACAAGCUAAUCCUCUUCUUGGAGACCACUCUGAGUGAGCGGGCCCCUCGCGGCUCCUUCCACGUCUCUCAAGCAAUUCUCACCCCCAGAGUGAAGACUAUCGCCCGAGGCCUGGUUGGUGGCCUCAAGAACACUCUGGUUCACAGGAAUCUUCCCGCCAUCCUGGACUGGGUGAAAACUCAGAAGCCCGGAGCCAUGGGGGUCAACAUCAUCACGUCUGACUUCGUGGACCUGGUGGACUUUGCCACAACUGUCAUUGAAUUGAAUGACCUCCUGCAGGAGGAUAGAGCUUUAGCUAAAUGCUGAUUUAAUUUUUCAUUUAACUUAAUGUUGAAUUUGUUGAUCCAGGCAAGAGUGCUAAAGGAUUUCCUGUUGGGAUGGCCCCUGGGCUGUGAUGCUAAAAUAAGUAAGAGGAGGGCAUUUUUUUCCCUCCUAACAGGGCCAUUUGGAUAAAAUUACAGGGCAUUUAAUGGCAUUUUUCCCAAAUGAGACUUUCAAAGAACUUAAGUCCAAGGGAAGAAAGCAUGUUUCACAUGAUCAAGGUCAGGAUCUGCCCACUGGCUUCUGAUGUUGAAUGUAGUACGGAAAUAGGGUCUCCACGUCCCACUGGGGUAUUGGGUGUCCCCUAAUUGGCCCAGUUCCCUGUUGUCUUCCAGGAUGUUGUGUUUGAGCCAGUGAGAAGGCUGAACCAGAAAGGCAACCCUGGUCAAAACAAUGGCUCAUUGCAGGUGUGGACUGCCCUGUGGGUGGCAUCAACCUGGGAGAAAGGGCCAUGUCUCUAGGCAUGUUAAAUGUCACCACUUCUUCCCUGAGAGAGGAAGACCUCUUUAUCACCAAGGUAUUUCAGCCACAAGCUGUUCUUGCUUAGAUCGUGCUUGGCAACUAGUGACCGUCAUUCUUUAGUUAAACGGUUAAACAUACUGCCCUUGGUAUCAGAAGUGUGUUUCCUGGUUUUAAAACAUUGAUUCCUUUCUAUUUCUUUUGGCCCCUUCUUAAAAGUGAAAGGAACAAUGAUGAGACAUCUUUUCGGUGUGGGGCCCAACAAGAGAUAGACAUGCAUGUUUGUUGCAUGCCGGAUUCUUUCAUUUAAUUUUGUAGCUUUUCCCAAAAUGGCUGCCAGGUAGGUGCCUGCAUCCUUUUGGCAAAGUCAUUUCUGGAGUGCAAUCUUCAACCAAGACCUUGGAACUGCAUUUUGUGGUUGUCUGCCUAGGACUCAGGUCUGCACUGUGGGACGCACUGCUGAGGGAAGGCCCCUUGUCUGUGACACCGUGGAGGCAGACGCAGGAGGCAUGGGAAAGUGCAAUGGAUUUAAGGAGGAAGCUCCAAGUGAGUUUGGAGCCAUUCUGUAACUCCUUGAAAAACAAGACUACCUCGGGGACAUUUAGGAUGACUUAUGUGUCAUCAAGUGAGAAAUACUCAGUGUUGGAACAUUUCCAGUUCAUGUCUUGAUUGUUCUACUUUCUGCAGGUUGUUCUGAGCCUACUAGUCGCCACUGUAUGAGGGCUUUGAAACUCAAGAGGGGGAUUUUUCUUUUACUUGAUAAGAGGUGGUAAUCCCUCAAGAGCUCUCUUGUGUUUUGUUUUAUUUAUUUAUUUAUUAUUUAUUUAUUUAUAGAUUAAGUAUCUUCAGUGCUUCUUACCCUAAGAGCACUCACAAAGGAGCUUCCUGAACUUUUCUCACCCAGGCCAGAUGCUGCCAUGGUCUUCCUCCCCUCAACAGGACCACACUUCUCAGGACUGUGAGUGACCUCUGACUCUGCUGUAGAUGUCCUGGCUCCCCCAGUCAUGUCUGGGACAGUGUUCAUGUGUGAGUGUGGUCCAGAUCUGAGAAGCCACUACCAAGCCAUGCACUGGAACAGAAGAUGAAAUGGGUCAUGAAGAACUCCAAAUUCCUGAGGAAGACCCUCCAGAAGAAGGUUGAAAGGGGAGGAGCUAGAGAGAAAGCUGGGUAUGGGAGUGUGCACACUUCGAUGCUCCUCAGAACUGUCUGAGAAUCCCCAAGGAAGGCAGCUUCGGGGUUCUUAAGGAGGAAAGAUAAACACGGAAUCCUGGAUGGAUGUGUGCAUUCAUAAAGAUCAUGAGACCACCUCCCAGCAGCUUCCCAUUCCUAUUCUUGGAUGCUCCUAGCUGGACUUUGCAUAUUACAUGCUACAGUAUGGGGUAUCCCAGGUGAGCUACUAAAAGCACAUGCAUACCCCCAACUCUUGGUCUUUCAGCCUUUCCUCUCUGUAGGGUAAUUUAAGCCCUGACCCUUUGCUUCCACAACUUGAGGAGGUCACAACUGCAAAUGCUUCUGGGAAAAUCUGGUUUAACUUUUCCUUUUCUUGCAUUUGAAGCCCUCCCCAAUGAGGAUUCUGGGAUUUUAUUGUCAACUACCUUAGGGCCUUCUCUGGAAAUGAAUAAGAAGGUGGGUGCCCUCACUUUCUCAAUCUUCCUCCAGUUCUGAUAUUAAACUUAGUUUAAACAAGCUCUGAAGUCCCUGGCCCACCCUCAGGGUUUUACUUGUGUUGUUAUUAUUUCGUUUUGGUCUUGUUUUUAAUUCUUGGUCAAUUUCUAGGGACUAGAUCAUUGCCCCUCUUUUAACCCUGUGUUACUUGGCAAAGAGAUAAGGAGGCAAGAGGAGACUUACUCUGCUCUGUUUUAUUUGAGCCUCAGCUUUGUCCAGGUGCUCGGUGCUAUGAGGCCAAGCGUGUUGACAGGUAUCUGCACAGGAUGCCAAUGACAACCAAGGGCUGCUGACUAUUCAGUGAAAUGUUUACUUGAUUUUCUCCUUUAGUUUUAAAAUAUAUAGUUGCACUUCACUUGGGUUGUAACAUUUAAGUGCACCUCAGUGUUUGCAUGAGAAGAGAAAAGUCAUCAAGCGUGACACAAAAGCACAGAAAAUGAUACAAGGUCGCCUGCAUGGAGUCCUCCACUGCAUGGCGAGUGCAGGCCUCAUUUCUUCAUGCUGCUUUGGGUUGCCAGCUGGGCUUCCAUUCUGAAAUUCUGCACAGGAGCUCUGGGAAGUAGGAGAAGGGUUAUUUAUCAUUCAUCCUUGAUAAACACCUUUGAAUGGGCAGAAUCUCUGCCCCCAGAAAGAGUUGCUCAGCGUGUAGUGAAGGAUGUGUGCAUUCUGCUCCUUGAUCGAAGGCCAAGCAGGAGAGUUGAGUGAUGGGACAGAGGGAAAAUAGACUUUAGUUCUAUAACUCAUUCUGCAACUGGCAACAAUAAACAUGGUUACCCAACCACAUCACUUAUUCUCGCAAGUUCUGGGGACCUUUCAGAUCAAACAAGGCUCUGAUAUUUGCUCAGAAUUAACUUUACGAUUAGCUAAAAAGCUUCUUGAUUGAGCCAAAGAGGACUUUAGUUUCACAGGAUUUGGGGCAAUAUUUGUUCUGAAAUGUAGACUGACUUUUUCAUGAGCUCCCUGGACCAUUUCCCACAUGGCCACAUUUCCAUGGCUUUGUGGCAAGGGGGACCAUCACAGAUUUCAGUUAGAUUAAAGCAGUGUUUAAAGGCUUGAACUUUGAGCCUAUUAGAAGUACCACUGUGGUUUCAUGGGUACAGAAGAUAUUGUUAGAAUUGGAGACAGAGGUCAAGAUGGAAUUGAUGGAAGGGAAUAAUAAAUUAUUGAGGAUUAAAUUUUAAAUUAAUGGCAGAUCUAAGAGGAUUAUGCCAAAAAAUAUUAUAUAUUUGCUAUAUUAGACUGUAUAGUAAUUAAGUUUAUUUUCCUUAGCACUGAGUCCAGACCCCUGAAUUAUCGAGAACAGUUAAGCCACGGUCCAAACCCAGGAUUUUAUAUAAACUCAAAGAAAAGCACAAGAUUCUGAGCCCAGGUCAUGAUCGAUCCUAAGAAUCCUCGUUCUUCUUCCAUGACCUCAUAUUCACAUCAGAAAGUUUCUGUUUCUGUUCAAGGAGACAAUGUAAUGGAGCAUUCUGGAAUUAAAGGCAGUUUUGUGGUGUGUCAGGAUUUUCUAUUUCUGUUUUUCUGAAUUUUGCCGUAAUAAAGUCCUCCCCAAAGAGACAUUAUUACAACCCAGCUAGGAGGCUUAGUGCUCAGCUAAAGGUGGAGAAAAAGGAGAUAUUAAGACUGAAAUGAAACUGUCUCUUUUCCUGAGAAGCAAAAGGGCUACCCCAAUUCAGGCCAUCUUACAGAAUUAGUUUAUGCCACAGUUGAAAUUUUUGUGUUUUUCUUUCUUGGCUGACUGCGGAUUUUUACUGGUGGGUUCUGGGAAACAAAACAGGCAAAUGAGUAGGGCACAGCCGUGAGACUCCCCUCCUGUGGCUGAGCGACUGAGUGAUGCUGUGCUGGAUUUGCCUUGGCUCCUUCCUCUGGAAUAAAGAGGCUGUCUGGUCCUUUAGUGCUGUUUUGCAAACCUUGGGUGAGUAGCUCCCCAGAAUAUCGCUCCCUAGUGAUUAGGUUCACUGCCUUAUAGUCAGGGGCUCCACAGUCGUGGUAGUUCUUCCCUGAGUGGUGUGUGUAGAGAAAUACUACUUGGACUUAUUUCUCAAAAGUGUGGCGUGGGAUGACAGAACUUGUCCAACAGCGGCGCCUUCAGUAAUCCAGAUAAUGAAUAGGGCUGAAAGAAAGCUGCUUGCAUGUACAUGAGCUCCUGAAAGGUGGGCUUUCCCAAAUACCUGCUAAAUAGGCACAUUAUGCCAAAAGGAAAGGGAUAGAAAUUGAUACCAUCAAGUGUCCAAACUGAUAGGAAGUUUGUUUUAUAUCGCAUAGAACUUGCUUCUCCCUCUGAAUUCCAGUAACUUUCCAGUACAUCUUGCUCCUCUGCCUCAGGCUGCUUUCUAGUUUUUGCCACCAUAGCUUUGUCACUCACAAAUGUUGCCUUUGAUACACAGGAGCGAACUGGUUGAGUGAUAAGUGAUGUACCUGGAAACUUCACGCUUAAUUCCAAAUAAUACUGAACAGCUCUUUACUGCCCCCCCAGAGACACACUGAUCCUGGUCCUCUGGCUCCCCCAGCUUCCUUCUAGAAAUAGUGACACUGAUGGCACUAUAUCAUUGAAUUAACCCUAACCCAGAAGAAUGCAGUACAAAACCCUGUUGAUGUUGAAAUAGCAUUCUUAGAGGCUGUAAAAAUAUUCUAAGAUAACUUUUUCUGUCCUGAGGUAGAGUGUUCUAGUAUUUUCUCCAACAAAACUUGUUCUUAGGACUUUUCAAACUUGUUUCUAAGCCACAUCGUUUGGAUGAAAUAUUUUCCCUCUCUCUUCUGGAAAUUCAAUCCCACAGUCUAUUAAGGCAACCCCAUGAAUAGUGUAAGACAUUUUCCAUCUCAUUUCUUCUCAUCUCCUUCACAGAAGACCACUUUCUGCUUUUCUCUUGUCUCUUGGCCAUCCUCUGUCAUCUGCUGAUUACUGUUAAUCACAGGAAGCUGGCAAAACUUACAGUAAAAGGCACAUACGUUCACUGAUGUCCAAACGCACUCCUAUCACUGUGGUUUUUGCUCCUUACUCUUCUCAGAUGCAUUAUUCUGACCCCCACCACUACCACCCAAAGACUAGAGCUACACCUGAGAGGAACCCAGAACUUGGGGCUAGUGUUUCAUUCAAAGAGCAGGGGCAUGCUCACAAGCUUUGAGCCUAAUGAGAAGCACAGCACUUUUAAAAGUCAAAUAGGCCUUCGGUAGCUUUGUACGUUUGCAGUUUUACAUUUGUUAUUAGUUUAUAGCACUAAUAACACUGUAGUCAUGAACCUAUAGUGUCAAUAUGAUAAAUCUUAGAAGAUAUUCUAGAGACAGUGGUACCCUGCCGCUAUUAUACUUCCUAAUUUACACCCCAAUAUUAAUACGUAUUACAUACAGAUUGUGUAUGCAUUAUUUGUGUUGUGUAUAUGCCAACUGUAAUACUUGACCUCACUGAUCAGAAUCAGGAAAUACAAACACUGUCAUAGUGAAAAUAAGUCUUGGUCAAUUCAAAUGAUACGCGAAUCUGAUAAAUGCUCUAUUAGAUAUUAUGUUUUGUCCUCUAUGCUUGUUUUAUAUUACAGUGCAUGCUAUUUGCUAAGUUAAGUAAAAUAAUAAUAAACGAUGCCAACUUGAAAGUUAGAAUUAAAAUUUUGCAUAUAUGCCACUUGGUACUCUGAAAUGUAUCUUGUGGCUUAAUUAUCUUUUUCAUGCACAUUUCACUUGGAUUUUUUCCCCCUAGGAAAUAAUUGUUCAAAUCUCUCUCUCUCCUUUCUUGUAACCUGGAUUAAAUUGUUUAAUUCAGCCUGAAACAUUGUAAAGCCAGAUUACCUCAUUUUAACUGUGAAAAAAGUUCAAUAGAUGUGAUAAUAUGGUGUCUUUUCUUGUAUUUGAUUUGAACUACCUAAGGAGGCUUAAGCCUAAUAAUAAAUAGAAACCUUCAGCAGGUACUUUU